AUGUCAGUCACAUACCUUAUUUUCUUUCUGGCCAUUUCCUACAAUGCAUAUUGCACUACACUGCCUCUCACCAGCACUUCUCAAGAUAUCAAGUUGGUGAAUAAACCACAUUUUUCUAUCAAGGCUGAUGAAAUAAAAGGUUUUGAAUCCUUACCAAAUAACUUUCCAACGAUGAAUCAAGGAAAAAAGAUGAAAACAUUGUUGGUUAAUAAUCAAAAGUCAAGAAAAGAAAGAUACAAUAACCAAAAGGUGCUCAAUGUUAUGAGAAAAGACUCGGUUGCUUCAGAAACCAAAACUCUUGGCUCAGUUCAUAGAAAAGUUUCUUGCAAAAUACCUAGGGAGAAAAUUUCUGAAUUUAACUUGGACUAUUCACUACCCAAAGUACAUCCUCCUUCAAAUAAUUAA